ACUCUUCACUCUCUCUCAGUUUCCUUUGUCACCAACCACACCAAUAUAAAAAGGGUAAUAAUUUCAUUCAUUCAGUGUAAGUGGACAAUCAAUCGCAGGCAGACAGAGUAGAGAGAAAAAGAUGGCUUGCAGGCAGUUAUGGGCUUCAAGAGCAGCAUCAUACCUCAGGAUCUCUCUCUUUCACAGAAGCUUCUCUAACGUUUUGAACAAUCUGAAGUAUGCUGAUUCUCAUGAAUGGGUGAAAGUUGACGGAAAGUCUGCAACCAUUGGCAUAACUGAUCAUGCCCAAGAUCAUUUGGGUGAUGUUGUGUAUGUUGAAUUGCCAGAAGUGGGAACGGCAGUGACACAAGGAGAUGGUUUUGGUGCAGUUGAAAGUGUGAAGGCAACUAGUGACAUCAACUCUCCUGUUUCAGGAAAAGUGAUUGAAGUUAAUGAAGAGCUCAGCAACUCUCCAGCUUUGGUCAACUCAAGCCCUUAUGAAAAUGGAUGGAUAAUUAAAGUUGAGAUGAGUGACAGUGGCGAACUUGACAAAUUGAUGGAUUCAGAAAAGUAUACCAAGUUCUGUGAAGAAGAAGAUUCCAGUCAUUAAUACUCUUGCGGAUAUCUUUCAAUACUUCCCAUGGUAUAGAUGAUGUCAAUUUGGAUGCUAAGAAUUGCUUCUUUUUGUAUUUCUGUCUGUCUUGACUGCUCUUUUCAUUUUUUGCGUGAGCUUCUGAUGCAGAGGGAUGAUAUUUUCACCCUUUGCAAUGGAAAUAUGAGAUUGAUAACCUGGGAAGUUUGAUAAUAAAAAACGUUGAGUAGUUUUUAUUGUUUUGAGAUACUGCCAAUUUCGUCAUAUGACAUUCAUUUUAGUUUGA